UUUAUUGAAUAAUCAGGGUAAUUUCAUUCUGUAACCAUGGUGCCUUCAAGUUCCUCGGAAAACAGACGAGUAAUAAACUGAGCACGACAGAGCUACAGUCGCACACGGACCAGUUACAGUUAAAUUGAGGGACUGAUUUGGUGUACAAAAUCAGUACACAAAAAAAAAAUUGUCGAUGAUAUGUGAAUCGGCUUGAAAGCGGCAAAUGUUUUAUUGAAGGCGAGAAAUAAUGUAGCAAAACUAAUUUCCACUCAAUUGGACACAAAUUACGUCUGUAAGAGUGAAUAGUCAAGCAAUUUCAACUAUGACAUAGGAAUUUACGAGGGGUAAGCGAAGGCAACAGUAGGGACGGGGACUUUGCGUAAGUGUCCACCAUUCUUCAAGUUAGGGCAGUGUGUAUGGACAGACCGCACUCCUCGUUUAACCCAGCAUUGCGUUUGUUCUUUUGGCCGGAGUAAGCGGUACAAUGUCCGGUAGCUGGUGGAGCAGUGCAGCGGUGACCCACGGGCUGGUGGCUCUGUUCGCCAUGGGCUCCUGGAUUUCCGUCAACAGUCUCUGGGUAGAGCUCCCGGUGGUCGUCAAUGUGCUGCCCGAAGGGUGGAACCUGCCCGCCUAUAUCUCAGUGCUGAUAGCGUUUGGGAACAUUGGACCAAUAGCAGUGACCAUCACACACCACUGUGCUCCGGGACGUUUAAAUGAACGCCUGGUCAUCCACUGCAUCCAGGUGCUGGCAGUCGUGGCGUCCGCUCUCCUGGCCGUCUUCUGGUCGCACACUGUCACAAUAGCCGGGGGAGAGAGGUCACUGCUGUUCCUGCUCUUCACCUUCGUGUUGUCUUUGGUCUGCUGUACCUCCAACGUCACCUUCCUGCCCUUCAUGUUUAGUUACCCCCCUCAGUAUAUUCGUACUUUCUUCAUUGGUCAGGGCUUCAGCGCCUUGUUCCCUUGCAUUGUGGCUUUAGGGCAAGGCGUUGGCAAACUGGAGUGCAAAACUGUGAAUGGCACGGUGCAGCCGGAGUAUUAUAAGGAGAACUUUCCGGUGCAGAACUUCUUCUGGUUCCUGUGUGUCAUGCUGUUUAUCUCGGCUCUGAGCUUCCAGGCUUUGAUGCAAAGGCAGACAAGGUCACAGGAAGAUGCACCGCAACAGGAAGCUGACAAUGUAACAGCGGCAGCAAAAAACGGAGAGGAAACGCACCCACUGCACAACGGGGGGACGCCGGUGUCUGAGGAUCAGGUGCGGGUGGAGGAACAGCCACAGCCAUUUUGGACACAGCGGAACAUCUACCUGCUGUUGCUGCUCGCCAUCUCCAACGCCCUCACCAACGGGGUCCUGCCGUCCGUCCUGAGUUUCUCCUGUUUGCCCUAUGGACCAAUGACCUUUCACCUCUCCGUGGUCCUUGGCAACAUAGCGAACCCCAUGGCCUGUUUCCUUGCUAUGUUUGUUGUCCUGAGGUCCUCUACAGGUCUGGGCCUCUUGUCUUUAGCAGGAGGGGUAUUUGCUGCAUAUCUCAUGGCGUUAGCAGCACUCAGCCCAUGUCCUCCACUUCUGGGAAACCCUUCUGGCGUGGCCUUAGUGGUCAUCUCGGGAAUUAUUUUCACUGGACUCUACUCCUAUCUAAAGGUAGUGAUUGGGACUCUGCUGCACGAGGCGGGUCACGCCGCCCUGCUGUGGUGCGGCAUCUCCAUCCAGGCCGGCUCCCUUAUCGGAGCCCUCACCAUGUUCCCGCUGGUCAACGUCUACCAAGUGUUUGAGCGGGCUCAAGAAUGUGUGGAUAACUGCAGUUAGCACGAGUGAGAAGUGUAAUGUUGUUCUGAAUUCUGUUUUCUUUUUUAAGAGACACAGUUCCCAUUAAUUCGACACAGGAAAUGACUGUUUUAACCCAGUUUUUUGGGCUCCAGGGUGAAGAAUCAGAUCUGUCUUGGGCUCAGAUCUGUCCUUGGAUUAUGCCACCAAUGAGCCGUCCUCUCCUCAUUCAGAGGCCUCGGAGCCUGUGAAAACAUUCCUAGAUAAUGGAAGCAUUGUUAUGCUGCACAUACGCCAGGGGGAUGUAAAAUGCAUAUGAUGUAGUAAUACCACAAGUGCUUUGUUUGGUAUUUUGAAUCUCUUUUGCAAAAGAAGCAGCUGGGGGAUUUUUUCCCCACAACAACAGACCAAGAGAAAAGUUAUUUUCUCAGGGACACAAUCAUUUACACAACUUAUUUAUUCACAUUUAUUGCUUAUGCUUAUUAAUGAGAAAUACUCACACUAUAAGUUGCAAACUACAGAUAUGCCUGUCACAGUAAAUACUUUCCUUGGACUAUAAAUGGUCCUAGAAAUAAUUGGAUCAAUGAUGAUAAUGUCAUUUUAAGUCAAUUAUAUGCCACUGAUAUGAUGACAUAAAAGCAUAAUAAUGCAAGUGCACACUUUAAUAAAACAAUGAACAAUAGAUAAAACCACAAAACCAAAACAAGAAAUAAAAUGGACUCUUGGGCUCUAUUUACAAAAAUGUUUUCUGAAGGUAGGGAAAACUGCUUAAAAGCAUCUGGCAUCAUGUUUGCUUAGAUUGAUUUCUGGCGUUCUUAUAUAAAAAAAACACACAUGUAAACACAUCGGGCAAUAUUGAGGUAAGCAAAAAUUAAUGAGAUAUCGUAAGAUAAGUCCAAAAUGUCCAUAUAUUGUACUAGAGGUCAGUAUAGUAAUUAUUGUGACUUAUCUACAGAUCCCAUCCAUAAAGAAUGACAGGUAGUGGUUUUUUUGUUUUUCUCAGCCACUAUCUUCAAAUGUUUGUCUACCUCUUUGCUUUGAUUCCAUUGUAAGCAUUUAACAUGAUUUUAUUUUGUUUCAUCAGUCAGAUAUACAAUUCAGUUGAGUUGGCCAAUAUGUAAGUGUAUAAUUUGUGAUAUAGUUACUUUAAAUAUACAGUUCAUAAAUGCAGUGACUUGAUUUAAUGCCAAAGUUAUUUUUGUGCCUAAAAAAAGUUGAACUUUACAAAACACGGCUCUUCAGUUUCCAUUACAUAUGACUGUGGUUCUCAUAAUGAUUUAUACGUUAGAAUACUAGUUUAUUUGCUAGUCAUUUGGGAUUUUGUAUUAAUUCCAAAUACAGUAAUGUUAUGUCAUCUUAAAGGAAAGAUUACUGUCCUAGCAUAGAAAUGGUUAACAGUUUUGCUAUCCAAAGGGAUUGUCUCAUUGCAGUCUUUGAAAUAAUAAUAAUGUUUAUCUUAUGUACUACUUCUACCUUGUAAGGUCAUUUAUUAACCACGCUGCUACAGUACAUCAGAUUUAAUAACUUCAUUUAACUCUACAGAAGUUUACACAGGAAGAAUAUCUGUUAACGUUGCCUGAAUUUCAUGGUGCUCUUUUUUUAUUCUGUGCCGACUUUAAACGGAUUGUUUUGAACAGUUCAGUGACUGGGGUGCUUUUCCUUUAUUUCAUGACUGGCCAUUUUGUGUGAAGUUUUUUUUUUUUCAAUUAAUUGUCAAAUUAUAGAUGUUGAAGUGUAUGAUGAAGUCUAUGAAAUGAUUGGUAAACAAUAAAGCUACUGAU